AUGGAUCGCGUCGACGAGCGUGGCCGCAGGCAGGAAAAAAGUGCAUGCGAUGAAGGCCCAACACUCGAAGGCGGGGUGCCGCCACGCUCCGCAGAGAACGGGCUCGCGCUCUCCGCAGUGGACGGCGCCGAAACUUCAGCUGCUGCCCCUGGGAGCAUAAGACGAGAAGGCGCAGCUACCUUGCUCGAGAACCCGUUUGUCAAUCGGGAAGCAAAGAUGGAAGAGUCAGAGAAGGUGGCAAGCGGGACGACCGCCUGGGAUGUAUCCGAAGACCUUGCUCUGUGGACAUGGCUGAAAGAAAGGCUGCGCCUCUGUUACGCGUCGCUUCUUCAGCAGUGCCCGCCUGGGAAGGUUUCAAGCCUGUCGCCCGAUCCGAUCGACAAGGCCUCCGUGGAGGGUGAACACGAAGGCCGAACUGGGCUGCCGUCUUUCCUGUCUUGCCCCGUUUCGAGUUUCUUCGUCGCUGCGUCGUCUCCUUUUCAGAUGCCCCUAGCCACGCGCGUGGCCUGGACGGAGCAGGCGAACACCCAGAAAAGCUUGGCCGAAAGAGCCAGCGUGGCCGAAGCGGCGGUUCCCCCUGAGGUGACGCUCCGCUGGCUGUGCAGCCUCCCGGAGGGCCGGCGCCGGAAGAUUUUCGAGGUUCUCCGAACGAUGAAGGAAGAGGAAGAAGCUGCCUUGUGGGGGCGGGAGUCGGACGAAGGAGACAGCGCCAGUGAGGCCGAGGAAGCGAGGGGAAGCCCGCACACCGCCGCCGGGGGCGAACGACCGGGCGUCGCAGUGCAGGGAGACGCAUCGCGGGAAAGGGCCGCGCGAGGCGACAGGCCAUGCACCAGCGAGUGCACUUUUGAACCGAGCAGCACGGAGAGGCAGGAGACGCAAACUGCGAGUCGUCCGACUGGAGCCUGCCGCGAAGAGACAGCGCGGCGGCCGUCGCCUCUCACGGACGCGAAAGAGCCAACCCAACCAGCUGAGGCGUGCGAGACGGCCGAAUCGCAUUCUCUCCGUCCACGCGCGAACUUGUCGCCCUCGGGCGCCGCACUUUCCUCCCCGUCCUUCUUUCUAUUCCCGCCUGCACCCAACGCGAGUCUCCCAGGAGUCCCCCCUUCCGUGCCUGCGUGGUCAGCCGACUGCGCCUUCCUGCCGGGGCGCGCGCGGGGCACCUGGCCCGGCGCCGCAGGGGUCUGGGAGCAGGCGGGGGUUACCCCGGCGUUUCAGCUCGGCGAGCUCGUCAUGCAUAGUUGGCGAGGGCGGUUCCAGCUGGCCGUGGUGUUGGAGAGAAGAAUCUUCCACGAUCGCAGGCGCGUGAAAGCUGGAGACGCAGCAGCUUCGCAGCGCAACGCGCUCCUGACGGCGAACGAGGCACUGAUCUCGCCUGUGGCGCUGAGGGAGGAAGAGCGACGGCAGAGACGCGCAAAACGCGGAGGGAAAGGAGAUGACGGACCGAGUGGGGACGAAGGCGAAGCGCGAACGAAGCGCCCUCGCCGAGACUUCGCUUCCGACCCGUCCUCCGGCGAAGACGAAAGCGAGAGCAGUGAAGACGACACGUUCGUCGCGGGCCCCCACGGACUCGGUGCAGAGGCCGAGGCGGUGUCCAGCGCCGCCCUGGCCGGCUCGGCUGCGCCGCCUGUGUUCCCUUCGCCCAAAAAGCGGUUCGAAGUCAUCUACCGAGUCGUUUGUCUCGGCUACAACAAAACAGCCACGAAGAAAAGUUUCGGCGAAUGGACACGGGAGAGCCAUCUGAUGGUGGUGGACUGCGUCGAGGUCCUUCGCAAAUGCCACGCCCACAACGUGCGGGCGAUCCGAGACGUGAAAGACGCGGGGUUCAACGCCUGGCAAGUCCAGGAGGCCCUCUCGCAGCGGAGCUUAGCGAGUCUCUCCGGGGGUGCGAGUGGGAAGAACCCAGGAGACAGCGGGAGGGAGAGACAGGCCUGCGGGGGGCGGGGCGCGUGGAAGACGAGAGGGCGACUGUCACGCGGGCGAGCGACGGGGAGCAGCCAGGGUCCGCCGGACGAGAGGGAAGAGACGCGAGGCGAGAGCGGACGCGCAACGAGCAGAGCGCGGGGCAGAGGAGGGCGGCGGAAGACGCGCGGGCAGUCGGAAGCACUCAGUGAGGACAGUGAGAGCUGCCGCGACGGGUCAGGGAGAAGAGACCGCGAAGAUGCACCGUCGAAGAAUGCACACAAGUUUCCGGCGAGCUGCAGAGAUCGCGAGCGAGACAGGCAGGUCACAGUCGAGAGCUUGCGGCGGAAGCUCCUGGACGACAUGGAGCAGUUGAAGCAGGCAGAGGAACAUCGAAGACAGGAAGAGGCGACCACAGGCAAAGAACGCAUUGACGCACACAAUAGCAUCGCUGUCGAGCAGGAGUUGGAGCAGAGGCAGCCGGUAGCCGUCCACCAGCUGUGGAAGCUGCCUCGGUGGCUCUUUGCACGUCUUAACCAGAAUCGCUCGCUUGUUCUGCUUCGAUCGUUUCCCCUGAUGCCGCACGAGCUCCGAGCCGCCAGGGAAGACAGGAGCGCAGGACGCAGGAGCUUCGCACAAGAGUCUACUGACUCGCGGCUUGUGGGAGAGAUGACGGUCGCUGAAUUGCAGGCGCGGUUCGAACGGGCCCUCCUUGCGUUUAUCAGAGAGAAAAGACGCCUCGAAGAGGACGAAAUGCGAAGUCGAGAAGGUCCAGGCAGUGGAAGCGUACGCACAGCUGUGCCGGCAAGUGGAACGGAAGACAGCCUGUCAGUCGUCAGCGCAUCUUGUUCUCUCCACGCCUCGUUGGGUUCCGGCUCGUCCUGUCCCUCCUCUUGGUCUUCCCUCUCUCACUCCUGCGAACCAGAUGCAGAGGCAUCUCUGUGCCUGCCUGCCUCAGACCUGGCGUCGGACUCGAGCCUUCCGCGAGAGGGAAACGCCUCGAUGGCGCCGCUUGGGGAAGACCUUUCAUGCAACGUGGAGAGAGGAAGGAAAAAGGAGGGCGUACAAGCAGUCGCUGCGAACCCGGCACACAGGCAAAGGCAGUCAGAGUGUACAGAAAGCGAGGAGAGCGUUUGUCGCUCGUCAGGCGAUCUGAAGGCUGCCUUCGUUUCGACAGCCGACCUUCAGCCUGGCACCAGUCAUACCUACGAGAACGGCCAGGCCAGGGACGCCACAGCCACUUGCGUAGAUGCGUCCGCUGCUGUUGGUCAAAAGAGUGGAGAUGAAACGGGGGGCGGCCGAGGUGUAUGCGCUGCGUCCUUCACUUCAUCGUCUCCGGGGCCGACCAUGGGUCCGGGGGCCACGGUCUUCUCGUCUCGUCCCCCUCCGUCGACUCUAGCGAGUGCACAAGCGGCGAGUUCAGAGGCUGCCUCGGCGGGUUCCCACCCUUGCAAGAUCGACCUAGAAAGGAUUCAGUGCCCGGAGUUGUCGUCCUUUGGUUCGUCCUCGUCUUCCGCGUCCUCCUUCUCUCCACGUCCCGCGAUUCGUGGAGACGGUGGGCACUCCGGUGUGCCUUGCCCGUCCGCUUCUCCGUCGCCAGUGCCACCCUCGGAUUGUCCCUCCUCUGUCAACACGCCGUCUGUCCAGUCUCCAUGGCCUGCUGCGCCGUCCUCUUCUUCUGUACGUCCUUCUGCUCUGCCCUCGGCCUCGCCUCUCCCGCCUUGUUCACCCACGGCGCCGUCCUGUGACGGUGCAGCCCUUCAGUCUCCUGUGCUGUCAGCGCCUUCCUGGGAUAGGGAGGUAGAGCUGGAAUGCGAGUUCUUUACGUCGUACUUUGGACACAUCUCAGCAGCAGAGGCAGAAGCUCUGUGGGGCCCGUUGACAAGUCUCGUCGCGAUCCAAGUCGAUUGGCUGAACAGCCACUUCCUCACCCUCGCUUGCCACACAGAAGAGGAGGCCGCGGACCUCCGAGAUCAUCAGCGGAGACAGCAGUCUCUCUGCUUGUCAGAGAUUGUUGGCCUCGAACACUGGGCCCGGUGUCUUCACCCGGCGACCAUGGCAAAACACCACGUGAAGCCGGUGCUGGAGAGGCUGCCUCUUCCUCUUCAAAGCCAGUUUGUCCGUCUAACGCAGUUGAUUGUGCACUAUCUGACACACAUGUGGAGAAGGAAAAUUGAAGAGGGCAACAGAAAAGGAAUGAAAGGAAACAAGCCGCAAGCAUGCGCUGGCUGA